AUGGCAUGCAGCGACACCGACACUAUUGAGCUGUCACUGGGUGCAGGUAACAACCGUGCCAACGGACGAAUACGCUCUCGCACCCGACAAGUAUCCGCGAAAGUACACCUCUGGCGUGGCGUACGUAUCAGCGUAAAACACGUGAUAUUCCAUGGCCAGUCCGGGUGCGGGAGUCAUGACUGGCGCGCAGGCGUCAUCUUCCUCUUCCUCCAAGACGCUGGUCGUGGCCUCCGCCCCGUCUUCGCCUGCACCUGCAUCACCCCCAUCUUCGCCAUUGACCAGAUUGAUGCCGUCGAGCCAGCUCGUGACCUGCAGGUGUGUGUGUGUGUGUGUGUGCUGAACGAGAGAGAAGCAGCUUCAGGAUGGAAACCGAGGCCGAUCACGAGCUCCGUCAGGGACACGGACAGCACCAGCAUCAGUACCAGCAGCAAUAUCAGCGGAAUGGAAGCGCAGGCAUUGGUCGACGCCGGCGGUGCAAAUAAAAUGGCCCGUCACGGCAUGACCCGGCCCAGCAUGGCUGUCAAGCCGCUGAAUGCUGGGUCGUGCUUUGGUGCACAGCCCCAACUCGGAGAGGCUCGGCCAGGCCAGCUUAACAACAUCUAUCAUCUCAUCUACAACUCAAGCUCGGCCACGGAAAUUCGACCGGCCCAGCAGGUCCAACUUGAUUUGAGUCGCAUGAGCGAGGACGCCCUAGCCGAGGCUUGGUAGACGUCCUUGAGGAGCGAAUGGAUCGCACGAGUGCCGAUCCGAGAGCCACAGGGCUCUGAUUGUAGGUGUAGUAUGACCCACUGUUACUGCUGUUAGCAUGGGCCUGGGCCAAUGCUCGUUCGCUACCCUCUAUGAGCACCACAACGGAGAGCCAGCACCUCAGUUCCCACCAUGUGCCCUGCUUGCUCGAGACGGGGCUGUGCUCUGCCUGGCGUGAUAGUUCCCAAGCUGCCUGCACCGUUGAUCUCUUUUCCUCUCGAGCCUUUACUUUGUCUGGAUUUGUGGGCGUUUAUGUAGUUUCUGUCUAUCUCGUUUUGUUUUGUUCCUUCAACUCCCGCCCCCCUCCCCCCUUGCUUCCAUGUUGACCGAGGAGCAAGGGGCAAGGUCACCUUUUGAACCCCAGCCAAGCUGGUUCGUGCGUGUCGUUGUUUUGGUGAUUAGCCUGGUUCUUCAUGGACUGAGCCAGAGUAGGACGUAGGGUUCAUGAGACCCUGCUUCACAUGUCAAUCUAUCCUUUCAAUU